AUGGAGGUUUUAGUGAUUGGAAGUUCUUCCCAGGCAAAAAUUUGUACUGGUAGAAGUGAACUAUUGUCCUACAGAAGGCUAAGCUUUUGUAAAUUUCAAAAAAGUGUUUCUUUUUUGCAUAACAAAAGUACAAGGUGGAGAAAUUCUGGUUCUAGCCUUAGCUUUACUUUAAACGCUGUCCAAUCUUCCCCUGUCAGAUCCGACAGUCUUACGCGUCGUGGGUCUUCUACGAAACCCAAAUCGCUUGAUGGUGUAAGAUUAUUCGUUGGGCUGCCGUUGGAUGCAGUUUCUGUAUGCAAUACAGUAAACCAUGCUCGAGCGAUUGCAGCGGGACUUAGAGCUUUGAAGUUAUUAGGUGUUGAAGGUGUGGAGUUGCCAGUGUGGUGGGGAAUAGUUGAGAAGGAAUCAAUGGGGAAGUAUGACUGGUCGGGCUACCUUGCGCUUGCAGAGAUGGUUCAGAAUGCAGGCCUUAAGCUCCAUAUGUCGCUCAACUUCCAUGGGAUUAAACAACUGAAAAUCCCCCUUCCUGAGUGGGUAUCCCAGAUAGGUGAUUCGGAUCCGAGUAUCUUCCAUGCAGAUAGGUCAGGGGAUCAUUACAGAGAGUGCUUGUCAUUGGCUGUUGAUGAAAUUCCAGUUCUUAAUGGGAAGACCCCAAUCCAAGUUUAUCAGGAAUUUUGUGAAAGUUUCAAGGCUUCGUUCUCACAUUUCUUGGGUUCCACAAUUACAGGCGUCACGAUGGGUCUUGGACCAGAUGGGGAGCUAAGAUAUCCUUCUCAACGUCAUCUUGCAAGAAAUAGCAAAAUCCUUGGAGUUGGAGAGUUCCAAUGUUAUGAUAAAAACAUGCUUAACCUUCUUAAGCAACAAGCUGAAGCGACCGGAAACCCAUUAUGGGGACUUGGCGGUCCUCAUGAUGCACCCAGCUAUGACCAGUUCCCAAACUCAAGCAACUUCUUCAACGACCAUGGGGGAUCAUGGGAGACCCCAUAUGGCGACUUCUUCCUUUCCUGGUAUUCAAGCGAGCUCUUGUCUCAUGGAGAUCGUCUUCUCUCUCUUGCCUCUACUACUUUCGAUGAAGCUGCUGUAACAAUUCAUGGAAAAAUCCCCCUCUUGUAUUCUUGGUACAAAACACGCUCACACCCUCUUGAACUAACAGCUGGCUUCUAUAACACAGUCAACAGAGACGGCUAUGAAGCUGUUGCAGAGAUGUUUGCUAGGAAUUCAAGCAAAAUUAUCCUGCCAGGAAUGGACUUGUCAGAUAAGCAUCAGCCUCAGAAGUCCCUGUCGAGCCCAGAGUCAAUACUGGCACAAAUUAGAACAGUUUGCAGAAAGCACGGGGUUGAGAUUUCUGGGCAGAACUUAAUGGUUUCUAAAUCUUCCCAGGGGUUCGAGCAGAUAAAGAAAAAUAUAUCCGGUGAAACUAAGGUUGACUUGUUCACUUAUCAGAGAAUGGGAGCUGACUUUUUCUCACCAGAGCAUUUCCAUUCAUUCACCCAUUUUGUCCGAAACCUCAAUCAACUUGAAUUGCUUUCAGAUGAUCUGCCUGAGGAAGAGGACGUUGCUGAACCUGUACAUUUGAAUUCAGAAUCAAAGACCCACAUGCAAGCAGCUUAG